AUGCGUUUUACAAGUAUUCUCCUUGCUGUACUCGCCAUCGGCGCUGCUGCAUUGGCUAAUGCUGCUCCCACUCAAGAUGGUAUUGAGAGUGCAGGAAAUAUUCAAUUUGCUCGUGACAAUCUCAACGCGGAUCCUGUCCGUCAAACAUACAGCAUCAAUGAUGGCAAAUAUGUAAAUCGUGGUCUCAAUGGUGGCAAUGUUAAGCGCCGUGGUGUCAAGGCCGAGCAAGAAGCAAUCGCACGUCGUGAUGAUGACAUUGUUGUUUUCCUUUGGGCCGAGUUUACGGACGAUGAUGGAAACAAUGGCUUUGGUCAUGAUUCCCUGUACAGCACAGAUCAGUUCUACGUUCCUGAAGACAAGACCAAGAUUAAAAUUCACUCAACUUUUGCAACCACAUACGGAACAUUUUACAUUCAAAAUGUCUGGACUUAUGAAAAACAGUACAUUACCAACCCUUACAGCGGACAAUUGAUCGAUUUCUGGUUGGACGGUACUGAGUUCAGGUUCGGACAAGUUGAGGACGACGACGACAAGAAAGCUUGAUAGACAGCCAGGCAGUAGAUUGUUGAACCAAUUUCAUCUUCGAAUGCGAAGAGAACUUAGUAGCAAGAUGUCCUCUCAAGGGCCCUAUUAAUUCACUUAACGCUC